AUGGCUCGAUACGAUCGUGCAAUCACAGUGUUUUCACCAGAUGGUCAUUUAUUUCAAGUAGAAUACGCUCUUGAAGCUGUCCGUAAAGGAAACGCUGCCGUUGGUGUUCGUGGUACUGAUAUUGUAGUUCUUGGCGUUGAAAAGAAAUCCACUGCUAAACUUCAAGAUUCUAGAUCGGUGAAGAAGAUUGUGUCUUUGGAUGAUCAUGUAGCACUAGUGUGUGCUGGAUUGAAGGCAGAUGCACGUGUCUUGGUUAACAAGGCUCGGAUUGAGUGUCAAAGCUAUAGACUUACUGUUGAGGAUCCUGUAACUGUUGAAUAUAUAACACGUUACAUUGCUGGUUUGCAACAGAAGUAUACACAGAGUGGUGGUGUGAGGCCAUUUGGUCUUUCGACCUUGAUUGUUGGUUUUGACCCACACUUAGGUGUCCCAGCUCUUUACCAGACAGAUCCUUCAGGAGCAUUCUCAGCAUGGAAAGCCAAUGCUACCGGGAGAAAUUCGAACUCAAUGCGGGAGUUUUUGGAGAAAAAUUAUAAGGAAACUUCAGGGCAGGAAACUGUGAAGUUAGCAAUCCGUGCUUUACUUGAAGUUGUUGAGAGUGGGGGGAAGAACAUAGAAAUUGCUGUGAUGACAAAAGAUCAGGGGCUGCGGCAGCUUGAAGAAGCUGAGAUCGAUGCAAUUGUUGCUGAGAUUGAAGCAGAGAAAGCAGCAGCAGAAGCUGCAAAGAAGGGUCCACCAAAAGAUACCUAG